AUGAGACAAAUAGAUGAUCCAGUGUUGAUGCGAACGCUUUUCUACGCCGAAGAUUGUAUGAGGUACCUCGUCAUUGAUGAAGCAGAUCGAGUCAUGGACUCGGUGGAUAAGAGCUGGAUGUAUCAAGUUGAACUUGCGUUGCGAGGGAACAACGGAGGAGGAGAUCCUGUUUGGGAUACCUUGACAAUUGCCAACUUGGAAAAGCAUCGAGAACUCCGACCGUCUUUUCCUCAGAAAUUAUUAUUUUCUGCAACUUUAUCACAAAACCCCACAAAGUUGGAAGAAAUGGGCUUGUUUUAUCCCCGUUUAUUCACAAGCGUGGGCGCCGAUCAGGGAUUCAUUGGGAAGUACUCGAUUCCAGCCGAGUUGAAAGAAUAUUCCCUCGAAUGCAAUCUCGAAUUCAAACCCCUCGUGGUUUACGCCUUAGUAACCAGAUACUCAUGGAGUCGCGUCAUUUGCUUUGUUGGAGAACGCGAAAGUGGAAGACGUUUAUGUCAAUUGCUAACGAAGCUGGGAAAUGUGCGAGCAGGAGAGCUGUCUUCAUUGUUACCUAAGAAGUCCCGUAGCGCAAUGGUGAAGUGUUUUGCGGAUGGCGAACUGGACGUUUUGGUGACAUCGGAUGUUAUGGCGAGAGGCAUCGACGUGCUUGAUGUAAAAUACGUCAUUUGUUACGACUUUUCCCCGCAUGCGAAAACGUAUGUGCACAGGGUUGGGCGUACUGCUAGAGCUGGUCAGUCUGGCACGGCCUUGUCGCUGCUCUCUGAGCAUGAGGUGGGCAGGUUUGAAUCAGUUACUGCUCAGUUGGAUCGGUGCUCCCCGGUGAAGCCAUUUGAUUUGAACUUGGAAUCAUUAUCUGAUCUAGAAGAUCGGUACAGAGAUGCCUUGCUGUCUUUGAGGAAGGGCGUUCAAGCGGAAGAUACUGCGAAAUUAUCGGCAAAGAAGUCCGCGAAAAGUCGGAUACAAAAGCGUAUGAUGCUGCCAACAUCUUCGAAGAAGAAGAGGAAGAAAACUAAGCCGACCGCGAGAUCCGCAAAAUCCUGAAAUUUUGGGUUUGAAGAUCUUUUUGUCGAACAUUGUGGCAAAAAUGCGAGCAAUCUGUCAAUGGAAUGUGGAAAAAUAAACGGAUAUGUUGCCACUGUGAA